AGUGAGGGCAGUGACGGGGAGGGGACGAAACCAGCCGGGCCAUCCGGAACGGUUCCGCCUUCCAAAAACUCGGUUGCUGCACUGGUACGCCGUUUGCCGCUCUUCCUCCUCAACCACGCACUGCAGCCGCUCGCUUUAGUGCUCUUCUAGGCGUGUGUGCACCACUGCUAUGCCAACUGCAGUGUUGCUCCUUGGCGUCCACGAGUGACAGUCGCCGCAGUGUAGGAUCCGCGCCGCUUUCUUUCGGCAACCCAGCCGCAGCAUCGACGCCAUCUGAAAGAGGGCUCCCAACGUCGUCGAAUUCACCUCUGGCCUCGAGACGAAAAAAAAUGUGUUAUUGCGAUCACACAAUGCCCGAGGCCAUGUAAGAGCGUUUCCUGCCCCCCGCUCUCACCUCGACGUAGCAUUCUGGAGCCGACGGAGACCGCAUCCGAAAGCUGGAGGAAGAAAAAAUCCCGCGAACGCCGGUGCGCUUGUCCUUGAACGAGUACGAUAGUUUCCUGGUCGUUAGCAUAGCGUUCCCUUCGGAGAGCCGUUCUCCGCCGAAAGGAUUGUCUGAUUGGUCGCGGUCCUCAUUACGUUUGGCAGAGGGAUUGAGUGUGUGUGUUUUUACGUGCGCUACGUGACUUUGAUCAUCAGAAGUGGACUUGGGUCCGGUGCGCGAGUAAGCAAGCGCUUAGUUCAUCCAAACCACUCGCCACUUGUCUCCACAUUUCUACCAAGAGCAGCGGAUCGCCAACUGAGAUGGACAACAUGACCACCGAGCCGCUGUACACCGACUUUCUCAGCGUCUACCUGCACCUACCUCAGGACCCGCGGACGAAAGACUGGAUAAUGGUGAAGUACCCUUCCAUCGUGCUUUGGAGCGUCGGCCUCUACCUCUACUUCGUCAAGGUGUGGGGUCCACGCUACAUGAAAGGUCGUGAGCCAUUCAACCUGCGCUACGUUAUUCUAGUGUACAACGCCUUCAUGGUCGCAUGCAGCGCGUGGUUCCUAGUCGCAAUCCUGCGACUAACGUACAUCGGCGGUGGCUACAGUCUUUUCUGCCAGGGCCUCGACUUUUCCACCGCCCCGAAGGCCGUCGAGUUGCUCGACGUCUACUGGUGGCUGCGCAUUCUACGGUUGCUCGACUUUCUGGACACGAUCUUCUUUGUGCUCCGCAAGAAGUUCAACCAGGUGUCGACGCUUCACGUCGUCCACCACUCGCUGGUCGUGCUCGACUGCUGGUUUUGGACCCGAAUAGGCACCGAUGGCCACAUCUCUUUCAUCAUAGCGCUCAACACGUUCGUGCACGUGGUAAUGUACACCUACUAUUUUCUCUCGUCCAUCGGACCCAAGGCGCAGAAGUACCUCUGGUGGAAGCGUUACCUGACCCUCCUUCAGAUCACGCAGUUCAUUGUAGCCAUGGUGCACGGCUCCAUACCACUUUUCUACGACUGCGGAUACCCCAAGCUGUACGUGUACCUCGCCAUGCCUCAGGGAGCACUGUUUCUCUACCUGUUCUUCCAGUUUUACUUCAAGGUCUACAUCCGCAGCUCUAGGAAGGGCUUCCAAACGGUCUGCAACGCGCAGGGAAGUUUAGGCUUGUCCGAGUCUAAGACGACAAAAGUCCAGUAGAAGUUUUUUAAAGAAAUUCGCCACCAGGGAAUUCAUUAUCAUUGCUUUUCUUUUCUUCAAUACCUUAAUUUGAGUGGAGUGUAUGAUGUAAGCACUGCGUAGGAAAGAAAUACCUUGUUGACCUUGUGUGCGCUAGUUCUGAUGACAGUUGGAAAAGGACGACGAACUUUAACUAGCCCUCUUGUAGAGCUGGUCACAACGCUGUUUGUCUUAGAUGAUAAUGUCUGUUGUAGGAUGGAAGUGGGAACACACGUUGUUGGCAUUGUUUGUGUAAAGUGAUGCUGGUGACUACUUCUGAGAUUGCCUUACUGAACUUUUCACCUCAUUAUUUUCCCUGGCCAUUUCUCUGCCGUCACAUUUCGCGUUUGGCCUGUGCUUUGUCGUGUCGACGUACUACAACAUGGUGAUAUGAUGUCACUAGUGUUGUGCAUGUGAAAUGAAAAAAAAGAAAAAAAAAGAAGAAACCAAUAAAUGCCCCCAUCGCUCGACACGUUUGUUGAGUCUUACGAAAUAGUGGACCAAAACGAGAACCAGUGCAUUCUUCCGCUCCGAAAUCGUUUCCAUCACCGACCGCCUCCUGACCGUGUGACCUAGUUUUGGUUUUCCUUCUUUGGUGGCCCGGCUCAGUGGCGCGUUGCGUGCACCCUCAUGAGUUUCACGGUCACGAAGUCGGAUGUGAGUACGCUUUGCGGGGAAACAUAUCGCUUCCUGCAAGGCGGAUUGCCACUAGUGCGUCUUCGUAAACCGUCUUUUUUUUGUGUAUGUGUGUGUGUGUGUGUAUGAUCCCGGCUUCAAUUUGACGCUGACGUAGUAGCUUCAAGCGUGCAAUGGUUGUACCACUGCUCAGGUGCAUUAUUCAGCCGUAAACUUACUCGUAGCAAACUAAAGAAGGUGAGCAUUUUAACGUCCAAAUGACAACCAUUGUGAUCUGGUAAUGGGGACGGCCAUUCUUGGUUUUGAGUCUUUUAUUCAUAAGCUCUAAAGCCACCAUCACUUGGUAAACUUUUCAAGUUACUGCGAGAUGAAGUGACACCUUAUAUGAUUGUAACAGGAGGACUGGCCCUGCGGGCAAUCAUAUAUAGCUGCAUCAGCGUUUACUCUGAUCGAUGAUAUACCUUUAACCUGAUGAAAAGUAACCACGAUAUCAAAAUUAGUGCGGAUGUCGUCGUUAUUUGUGAUAAGAACACAGCUGGUUAUUGAGGGUGCGAAAAUGUGCAUAUCUAAAAAUACCGCACCGAUACGGUUGUUUGGAUAAAACUCCAACCACGCUUUGAUAGCUGCAUGACGAAAGUAACACGUCUGCCUUUGCCAGACGGAAGUACCGUGUGGCACGGCGAGGUCCUUUUUCGUUCCGUAAUACGGCAUGGUUAAAGCAUUGUGUUAUCGGAGAGAAAAAGCAAUGAUAAUAUGGCAUCCGUUUAUAUUAGUCAUAUUCACAGCGGACGGACAUCCGUUUCCAUCCAUCAUUAUAUUUUGGUAAGAAAAUGGGAACACAGUCAAACAAUAGUUUUACGUAGUAGUUCUGCGGAAACCCGCAAGGUGGAGAGAAGUAAUGAAUAAAGGGAAAAUCAGACAUCCACCCCGGUUCGUAGCAAUUGCUACAAAGGAAACCCAAACGGGUUCCUCGAAAGAAAAGCCUCAAGUUGAAGAAAAAUUGGUCCUGGUCCGGGACUCGAACCCGGGACCACCGCCUUCCCGGGGCAGCCGCUCUACCAUCUGAGCUAACCAGGCGGCUAGCAGAUGGCAGGGCGAAGUCGAAUUUGUCAACAACACGAAGCAAAGGCAAUAGUUUGACGUAUAAGUUUCCUUUGUAGCAAUUGCUACGAACGGGUGGAUGUCUGAAUUUCCCCUUUAUUCACAGUCAAACAACUACGCCUAAAAAUUAUUGUUCAUACGGGGCCACUUCUGCGUAAAAAAAAAAUUCUGAUUCCAAAUAAUCUUCAAGGAGGUUAACACACGACUGAACGUGAGCGUUCGUAAGACGAGAGACACCUUAAUGAGCCAUGCUGCUGGGCACGCAUGCACCACGAUUACCGAUCUCGGUACACAGUACAGCUACAGUACAGGUACUACACGGAACAAGUUAGGAGAAUCACUUUGCGUUGGAAAAAACGCCAGGAGAAGAUUGCAGUGCUUUGAAACUUCGCUGUGCACAGGCGAUUCCUGCAUGCCAGAUAAAUUUGAUCUGCCUUUAUUUUUUGCUCUUGUUGAUAACCUCCUUAUAUUACAGUUUUGUUAGUUUUUGUACGUUAGAAAUUGCUGUUCUCUUUGCACGUAUUGCUAGAGUGAUUUCUUCUGUGUAUAUUCCCCUUUGAUGAUGUUGUAAUGUUUUUCAUGCGAUAUCGUGAAAGUGUGCAGAGCCUUUUCUUCUCUUUCUCUUUUUGUUAUCAUAUUUAGUGUAUAUGUAUUUAGGUAAGUUAGUGUAUGUGUACGCUGUAAUGCUGUUUUCUUCGGUCCCUAUCUCAGACUAUGCGGGAAAUGCCAUAUUUUUAAUUUCUUCAUGUCGUUUUUAGGCCGCACAACUUGAUGGCUGCAAGGUACCCACUUCACCUCACAUCAUGCUUUCAUGCACAUAACAAUUCAACUUUGUGAAGAAGCCAGUGAUGACAUACUUGUAGACAACAUUUCCAAUGUUACAAUAAACAAAUCAUCAGCCAUGUUACAAACAAGCUGAACGCAUUGUCCAAUUAUCUGCUCUGUCAGACCGAGUAAGUGGUCGCUCAACAUGAAGCGCCGUGGAAGUCUUUCAGAAGUACCAAGAAGAGGCAGCCUGGA